AUGGGUUUUCCUUGCCGCAUUUUACUCCUUUUACCAAGCCCAGACUCCAAUGGUGUGAAUGUCUUCAGUCAAGACUUGCGGGUUUUUCCAUCCAUGUCCAAUCCUUAUGUCUUCCCGCCAUUUUCUUUGAUUGGUCCACUGUCGAAGUUUCUCUUGAGUCUUAAGAUCCCGUUCACUAUUGUGGUUCCAGAGUUUGUUCCUCAUCGCUAUUGGUGGGUUGAAUUGAACGCAAGGUGUUCUGGAAAAAUUUGUCUUGGUACACAGGGUGACUUGAGUGUUCUGCUAUCCCCAUCAAAGUUGGGUUAUAGUCCAACACCUUGUCCCUUUUCUAUGUGGGCGUUUCGUGUGUCUCGGUUCUAGGUGUAGAGUCGGGCUCAUUGUUUGUUUCGUUUUUGUUCCCUACAGACAUUGCCUAGAGUUCCGAAAUUAUUCACUCCCUGCGUUGCGUGCCCACGAUGCUCACAUCCGAAUGAUGAGGAUUUCAAUUUCUGUCAGAAAUGUGGUUAUGUUAGACGUGCUACAAUCCAAGGACCACUAAAGAAAUUGGAUAUUAAUGAAGGCAGCAUUGCCCAACGAGUACGCGAGUUGAAUGAGCAACGUAGUUCGUCUCAUUAUUCUAAACAGAAAUCAGCUCUGGAAUUGGAGUUUAUAAAUUUUCUGGGAAACUUGUCAGUCCCCAAGUCUUUGUCGUCAGCGCUUCCUUCGGAUGUUAUUGCGUUCCUUGUGUGGAAGGAUGGAAAGGGAAGGACACGAGUUCAUAGACAGGAUUGUCACACCUGGGGAGGUAAUGCGGGGCUAGAUUGUGAGUGCUUUAAACGUUUGGCAUUUGGGACUAUAGAUUCACUGAUUGGCAAGUUGCGUGCUAUAUUUGCAGAGAGUGGUCGAGGCGCAGAAUGGCAGUCUUUGUUAGGUGUAGGUAAUCCAGCUUCUUGUAGGUCAGUUAAGAAUUAUUUGAGUAAUGUGCGGGAAGAACAACUAAAGGCUAGGGUAACUCCACGCCAGGCAGAGCCUAUCUUAGUGAACGAUUUGUUGGUUAUCUCUGAAUACAUUAGAGCCCUUUUGUUGCAUUCUUCGACUUUGCGCGUAAUCCAGAUUUUUAUGUAUGCCCGCAAUCAGGCUUUAUUUAAGGCAUUAUUUUUUGCUGGUGAUAGAGCAGCUGAUUUGUUACAAGUAAAAGUAUGUGAUGUUUUACGUUUCUCGGAUAAUUCUGGUUUGUUGUUCAAUCAUGUUUGGACAAAGUCUCUCAGGUCAGGUGACGCAAAUGUGUUUGCCUUUAAGCGGGGAUCUAAUCCUUUGAUUUGUCCUGUCCGGGGUUUGGAAAUGUAUUUUGAUGUGUGUAAGCUGUUACGUAUUAACCUUGCGCCAGGUUUCCUUUUUCGCUCUAUUUCAAAAUCUGGCGGAGUUUGUUUCAGCCAUUUGGAGUCUUCAGCGGCCCAAGCGCGAUUGAGUUUUUAUGUUUCCGCGCUAGUUGGGAAGUUAUCUAGUAGUCAUUUAACAGUUCAUGGGUUUCGCAGUGGGGCGGCUGUAUCUUUAGCAUUGCGAAGCGUAAGUCUCAGUGAAAUCAUGGACCACAUUGGCUGGAAAUCUAGUAAGACGGCGCUUCACUAUAUCAAAUUUAAGCAAGUAGUGAAUCCAGCAGGCGUGGCGGCUAAACUAGCGGAUUUCCCUUUAAAAGCGGGCAGGACUACAAACAUCAGGAUCAUCUUGUGGGAUUCUCCCAAGCUUUUUCAUGAAUUCAUUUUAUGA